CGCAACUCUCUCUCUCUUCUCUAUGGCUCUGGUUCAGAUGGCAGAUGUGUGUCAAAGAUAUCGAGGCGCUCCGACAACGGUAGAACAGACCGUUAUUCUCUUCACUCUUAUCUGGGAACCUUUCAUCAAAUACACUCUCUGGAAAUGUUAUUUAACCCGACUACAUACCCGACUGGCUUAAACGAAUGUUUACAAGAAUGGGAGGAUCUGGAAAAAGACUAUCAACAAGUUCAGGAGACACAUCGACUUUACAAACAAAAGCUGGAGGAGGUUUCGAAACUGCAGGACAGCUGUUCUUCUUCUAUUGCACGGCAGAGGAAAAAGUUAAAGGAUCUCAACGAAUCCCUGCAGGAAUGCAGAGUGGUAGCGAGUUCAGAAGAUGUAAAUAAAAUAGAUGAGAUCCAAGAUUCCAUAAAGGAAAGAUCAAACGUCUUUUUUGAGAUGGAGGCCUUCCUGCCAAAGAAAAACGAGUUAUACCUCAUUCUUGUGCUUGGAAAUGUUAACGUAACACUCCUUAACAAGCAGUCCAAGUUUGCCUAUAAAGAUGAGUAUGAGAAGUUCAAACUAUACUUGACUGUGCUGCACUUGUUGUUCUCAUUCACCUGUCGGUUUUUGGUCAGCUACAGGGUUGUAGAUGCACUUUUCAGCUUCCUGUUGGUGUGGUAUUAUUGUACAUUGACGAUAAGAGAGAGCAUCCUCAUUAAUAACGGCUCCAAGAUCAAGGGCUGGUGGGUGUUUCAACACUAUGUCUCAACAUUUCUCUCUGGAGUAAUGCUGACCUGGCCUGACGGUGAACUCUACCAGAUGUUCAGAAAUCAGUUCCUGUCCUACUCCAUGUAUAUAAAUUUUGUUCAGUUUCUCCAGUACUAUUACCAGAGUGGCUGCUUAUAUAGACUUAGAGCUCUUGGAGAAAGACACAACAUGGACCUCACUGUUGAGGGGUUUCAGUCCUGGAUGUGGAGGGGUCUGACCUUUCUCCUGCCUUUCCUUUUCUUGGGCCAUUUUUUCCAGCUUUAUAAUGGAAUUACACUCUUCCAAAUGGUUCUCAUGUGCGCCUCUACUUUCCUUGUUUUGUUCAUGGGAAAUUUCUUCACUACUCUUGGUGUUGUUUACCACAAAUACAUGGAUCAGGACAAAGCCAAAGCUUUAUAA